AUGAACGUUCAGACAGCGACAGCCGAGGCGGUGUCUGGAGACAGAUAUCACGACCUGUUUGAUACAGAAUUAUAUCUGAAGAAUUUCUAUGUUGAGGAGUGUCCACUAUCGACGUUUGUGCGGAAUACUCUUGCUAACGUCCUGAAAUCUGGGAGAAUAAACGGGACGAGGCUACUGGAUUUAGGCAGUGGUCCAACUAUUGCGCACCAUGUCAUACUUUCCAAGUAUUUUAACGAGCUAGCGUUCAGUGACCUCACAGAGAAGAACAGAGAGGCACUGAGGAAAUGGAGAGAUGGUGAGGCAGGGGCGUUUGACUGGGAUUCAACCUUCAAAUGUGUGGCCGCUUUAGAAGGAGAAGAGGAAAAUUGGAUGGCUCUGAAGGAAAGUUUCCGCAACAAAAUGCGCACCAUAUACCCGUGUGACCUCAGAAACCCCAAUCCACUUCACCCGGUGUUGAGCAAACCUUUCGAUUGCGUCACCAGUACGUUCUGUCUCGAGGCUGCGUGCUCGGAUGACGUCACAUUUGAUCGCGUCAUCAGAAAUGUGACGUCACUGCUCAAAGAUGGUGGCCAUCUCAUCAUUGUGAACAGUCUGCGGCAGAGUGCCUAUAUUGUGGGAGAUGUUCAUUUUUCUUCACGGAGUUUGGAGAAGGAAGAGUACAUCCGGUCUCUGAAAUCUGCUGGGUUAGAUGAGAUAUCGUGGUAUGAAGGGGAAGAGUCGGCGGGCGACCAUCUUUCCAAUUCAAGUGGAGUCUAUGUGAUCGUUGCCAAGAAAAACCCGCCUAAUCCUCCAAUUUUUGAAGCCUGCUUAAAGGUCCCUUCAGCUUAA